AUGCAAGAAGUUUUUACGGGUAAAACUCGUUAUAUAUGUCAAACAGAAAUUCACGAUAAGAAAAUUCAAUUUGUUAAACGUAAAACAAUCGAAAUGGGCGCAGAUGACACUCGAAAAUCAACUCAGAAAAAUCAAGACGAUGAUGAUCAUGAAAUUUCAUCGAAACUUAUUUCUAUCAAACAAAAAUUAAAAUUACAACCAAGUGGAUCUGUUUCAGUCGAUGAAAAUGCUGUUAAAAAUCCUGUUCCACUAACAUUGCAAUUUGUUUCAACAGCAUCAUUCGAUCAAUCCAAUGAAGCUGUAUCGAGAUUUGUAGUAAAAAUCCAACGACUUUUAAAAACAGAAAACUGGAAUGAAUUUGCUGCUUCGCAAUUUGUAGAAAUCACCAAUUGA